UGGGGAUAGAUGGGAUAGAGUAGUGUCCGUCCAAUGCACACGUGCAAAUCUCAGUAGGCCAUUCGGGUAUUUCUCGCUAUUCGAAUAUACUAUUCGUGAAUCAUACUUCUUUUCUUCUACUAUAUAGUCUGUAAGUAGGCCAUUUUCUGAUGCAGGGUGUGUUUUUCGAAUUAAAUGAUAGACAAAAGACUGGCUAAAUGGACCACAGUUAAAACAAAUCAAUGAUAACAUUGAUUUCUCCCAACUUUUAUAGACACACUUCUUUGAAAGCCAUACAUUCAUUGAAAAAGUGUACAGUAUAAUUGUGUUUCGUAGCCUUUUUGGUAUCAGGCUAGUUUUUAUGGUCACAUUGUUGAAUCGUAUUACACUCCUUGUGCUCUGUGAUAACCGAGGAUGGAAGAACAACCACAUUUAAAAUCCGACUUGAAAAGACGUGGUUUUAUGACAGGCGGCUUGAAUUCCCGCCUUUAGAGAAAGCAGACCAUGGGUUGCCAUCUCCAGACAUUUCUGCAUGAUGUCGAUCAGCUCAUGUUCGGAUUCGAGCUCUGUGGUUAUGAGCAAUAAACUAUAAUUCCAAGGAUGUUUUAUAUUUUUUCACAUCGAACAGAGUUAUUAAAAAGUCAUAAUGUGGAAUGUGAUCAGUAUUACCACAGUCCAUACCGUAACUUCCUUAGUUACCGUCACUAAGUGACUGAAAACAAACCACUGUGUGCGGAGGCGCUGCUCAGGUGGAAAACAAACGUUGAUCUCCAGAUAGUUUGUGUGUGUUUAUGUGUAACGUUUUAACAUUCCGACGAACACCGAUAUCUGGUUUAAAUAUCGCUCGCGAUUACUGGGAGAAUUGUUUAGUUAUAAAAAGAAAAAUAGUUACAGGUAGACUGAUGUAAUGAAAUGUUUUGCAGACAUGACGUGUUGCUGUGCAGAAGACGUACACCUCAAACGCAGUUGUAUAAGACAUUACUUGGACGAAUCUGUGUUUCCUGUGCUGUUACCUGCACUGGAUGUGAUGAUGACGGAGGCACUGAAGCACCGCUGCACGCAGAGGGAAAAGAUAGCUUUUAAUGGCUGUGACUUCUUGACUGAAUGGCUAUACAAUAAAAACCCUCAUCGGAAAGAACACGUGCCUCUUGAUUUUCACCACAUUCCCUUUGUGCAGGACUGGCUUAUUGUUCAGUAAGUACACACAGACUGUAAUCUAAAGCCCUUUUCAC